UUUUUUUUUUGUGUAAAUAUAUGAAAAUUUGUUUCUAGAAUUGUAACUAAUCGGUGAAGUGUAAAAAAAAAAGUGUCUUUUUUUUUCUUGUUAUUUGUUUUUGGUUACCAGUAAAUUAUAAACAAAUUCAACCACAAACUGCUAUUGUAAGGUGUGUCUUGAAUAUUUUUAAAGCUAAAAUAUAGGCAAAAAGAAUGGUUGUGUUUUUUCGUAUAAUGUAUGUAGAUGAAAAUUGUAGUAGCGGCGUGUAGACUUCAAAAAUUUACUUCCGAAAUAUUAAUAAUUACCUUUCGCCACGCGUUUCGCUCAUAUUAGUUCGUAAAUAUGAAAAUCAAAGUGGAUGCAACGAAUAUUUCUAAAUUAAAAGUUAACGAUAAAAUGCCACAAGUGUCUGCUGCCCAUCAUCAUGAUGUUGGAGACAUGGAAUUAGUCGACACGGUCUCCGACUUAGAUGAUAAAGAGAAUUUGGUAUCGUUAAAAGCUCAAGAAGAUGAUUCCUUUGAUAUUUUACCACAUUUAAUAACAACAACAACAAGUACAACUACAACAGCACGUAAUAAUCUUAUCCUCGUUUCUAUGGAAUGUAUGCAAACAGGUGUACCGACAUUGACAACACCCACCCUUACACCGACUACUCUACGAAGUAUAGAGGAAUCGUUUAUACAAUUGACCAGUGAACCGAUUAAUGCGCCCUAUCAGGCUGGUUUUAUUCCGCCGCCAUUAGGUUCAUACAAUGCUUCGUCGAGUAGUAACAAUAAUAAUAACAGCAAUAGUAACAACAACAACAACAACAACACAACGACCUCUGCUAAUGUAUUAACAACCAAUGCUACCUUGAACAAUGUCUACUUGGGUGAUUUAAGUGGUGGAACUAGUCUACACGAUUACGGUAAUAUCAAUGAUUCGGAAACGGAAAACUCUCAGGGAUCUUGGAAUCCAGGACAACUGAAUGAAGACAAUUCUUUGGCCACAACAGAUACUUCAAGUGCCGCCACAGAUAGUACCUCAUUUCAGCAUGGCCUAAAUAGUUUGGGUAUUAAUACCUUAAAUAAUUCCAAUUCUGUGGCCACCAGCAAUGAUUUCGCUACCGCAAACAUAGCAGCCAUGGCUGCAGUGGCUGCAGCUGCCAAAAUACCAAAUACCAGUAAUACCUCAAAUAGUGCCACUACUGCGAUCACAGCAAAUGCUGCAAAUUCAAACGCGCCCCCUCCUACUCGGAGAGGAGGAGGUCGCCGUCCAACGAAUGCCACUAAUAUGACACCGGAAGAGGAAGAGAAACGACGUAUACGACGUGAACGUAAUAAAUUGGCCGCAGCGCGUUGCCGCAAACGACGAGUCGACCAAACUAAUGAACUAACCGAUGAGGUGACUCAACUGGAGAGAAAACGUGAAGAUUUACAAAAGCAAAUUGAAAACUUAAACGGUACUAAACAAGAGUUGGAAUUCAUAUUGGAAGCUCAUCUUCCUACAUGUCAAAAGUUAAGGCAGAAUUUGUUAAACGUUAACGCGUACGGUGGUUUAAGCAAUAACGAUAAUAUUACAGGUUUAGAUACCACGUUGGCUUCAACGGCACGUAGUAUUUCGCCUAUAGAUUUAAAACCUGUACUAAGCGAUCAAUUGUUAACGCAAAUAAAACCAGAGCCUUUAGACAGUGCCCUUGAUUCAAAUUCAUCAUUGGAUCAAGAUGGUCCACCAUCACCGAAACGUUUACUAUUAAGUAAUCAUAAUCCCAUGAUACCGCCACCGCUACCAAAUGUAGCCACACUAUCGGCUUCAUUAGCGGCCGCGUCUGCUUCACUUAAUACCCCAAUUGUAACAACUGCACCGGUUAGCUUUGGCUCAAUGUUUACCGGCAACUCUAUACUCAAUACAUCCAAUAUAAAGACAAGCUCUAAGCAAAGACCGAACUCUUUGCCAACAGUGCCAAGAAAUAUGGCUCAAAAUUUAGCUUUAAAUGUCGAUGGCACUAAACCGCCUACUGACAUCAACGGUGUGGCUAUACAAACACCAUCAACUGGCAUGUUCAACUUUGAUUCCCUAAUGGAUGGUGGCACUGGUCUCACUCCAGUUUCAGGACCAUUAAUACCCAAUUGCUCCUCACAAAACAAACAUCCCUUAGAAUUGGUCACACCUACCAGUGAACCAUCAAAAAUAUUGAGUUUAUAACAAUAAAAGCAAUUGUUAGCAAAUGCAACACUAACAAUAAAUAAUAGGAGAAAAUUUCGAAGAGGGAGAGUGUGCAAACGAAGCUGGUCUUGAAAAACCCCAUUUAUAUAUAGAAAUCUAUAUAUAUAUACAUACAUAGAUAC